AUGCAAUCAAACACCGAUUCAUCAGCCAUCUCGGGCACCAUUAGUCGCCUUUCGCAUGUAGACGACAUGGAGCCUGAGGAGGCCACAAUCCCAAACCAUGUCAACUAUCGUUACUGGCAACUCGUCCAAGAGAUGGCCAAGAUUGUGCAGUCCAUCGGUCCUCCCAGGGGAUCUUCAUCGCCUAUCGGGCGCCUGCCCACCGAAAUCCUCGCUGAAAUCUUCCUCUACUGCAUCCCAGAAGAUGCAAACUGGGCGCCCGCGCCAGAUCUAGCCCCCAUGCAGUUGACUGCAGUAUGUCGACAAUGGCGGGAGAUUGCUGUGAACAUGCCGAAUUUAUGGCGCAGGCUGCGAUUGGAAAUAGGGCACGGCGACUGGCAGCAGAGAGCUUUCUGUUAUGAAUCCUACCUUAAGCGAUCACGGGGACGUCAACUGUCAUUGACUCUCGAGUGUGAUAACAAUAACUGGACAGAGCUGCGAAGCCUGCUCCAGCCACACGUCAAUCAAAUUUCCUCACUGCAUGUUGGAUUAUUCUCCGAUGCCGGCUCCUUUCCACUGGUGCUGGCGGACUUCGGCGGACUCGAGGAGCUGGCUAUAUACCCGGACGGUGAUGAUCCUGCACCAGCUCUCGACAAUAUCGAGGACUCUAUUACGCAUUUGCCGCCUAACAUGCGCAGUCUCAGGUUAUUGGAUGUGUUGCUUGAGUUUCGGACGUUAACUAGCCUCAAUUCUCCCUCAUGGGCCGGUCUCACAAAUCUCGAGGUUUCGGUAGAGGGACUAGUUAGAUUACCCCGCUUGCUUCGUCUUUGUCCCAAUCUUUCGUCGUUGACGAUGAUUGGAGUAUUCAAGGUGGCGAAUGAGACCUCAGGACAAUUGACGCACAACAAACUUCAAUCCUUGCGCAUUUCCGGCGAUUUAUAUAUGAGGUCGGUCUUGUUCGGACUUCUUGGGCUAUUCGACAGCGUCACGCUCCCGAAUUUACGCAUCGUCGAAGUUAGCAAUAUAGGAGGAUGGGCUCACAAAGAAUUCAAGGCGUUCAUUGAACGGUCACAGUGCCCCCUAGAAAGCUUGAUCUUCGGCGGUGGAGCGAGGACGACGGCUCAGCAACGAGCAGAAUAUGUCACUCUUUUCCCAUCUCUCGAACUAGUGGUAGAUCCUAUGCGUUCCGAACAGCGAAUAUUUGAGUUCACGAUAUUCCUAUGCUUACUCAAGAUGACAUCCAUCGUCAAAUUAUUCGUCAUGUCCCCAGAUACCCGUUCUGAGCGUCGCUUCGACCUCCACGCGAAACUAGAGCUCAUCACAGGCAUCCCCAUUCAGAAUCAGAAAAUAUUGUUGCACAAUGGCGAUGACGAUUCUCAGGUCGUCGCGCAGCUGGAUCAUGAUGCUAAGCCGCUUGAUGUUCGGGAUUUCCAGACGAUCAAGGUUGUAGAUGCGAACCUCUCCACAUCGUUUACUACGGGCUGUAAACGACGUCGAAGGGUUUGUAUCUACAACCUAACGGGUCAACUCUCCGAUGUAUCGCAAGUAGAGAAGUUAGAGCUCAGCGACGACGCGUACGCACAACGAACCGACUCCGUGUUGGCUUACAAGCAAAGACAUAAAGCAGAAUCAACAGAACCGGGCUUUAAUAAGCGUGGUGCAGUUCGGUUUUUUGGUCAGACUGAGUUUGCUGCUGGACUCUGGGUCGGUGUCGAGUAUGAUGAGCCGAUGGGAAAGAAUGAUGGGCCUCUCAAAGGAGUGCAGUAUAUUACGUGUCGUCCGAACUACGGAGUGUUCGUACGCCCUACAAAAGUCACAGUCGGUGACUUCCCUGUGGAAGAGAUAUAUUUUGAUGACGAAGAAAUCUGA